UAACUGCUGGGAGUUGUAGUUCUUAGACGUUCGGAGAGAUACUGUUGGGAAUUAGAGUCGGCAUUUUAACACCUCGGAAGCCACAGAUCUCACUUUGUGCCUGUAGAGGCAGGACCCAUCAAAAAUUGGCACUUAUGACUCUCCAUACAGUAGAAAUGUUCUCCUUUCUGCUGGUGUCCUUGCUGUGGGGAGUCACCAACCCUUUCUUACGUAAGGGAGCCGAAGGCAUGGAAAGUGUAAGAGAGGAGAAGACCCUCAAGCAGUUGCUAUCAGAAGCUAGAUUUCUGAUCUUCAAUUACAGGUAUGUUAUCCCAUUCUUGCUGAACCAAAGUGGAUCAUUGGUGUUCUACCUGACACUGGCAUCUACAGAGCUCUCGCUCGCUGUUCCAUUUUGCAAUUCUCUGGCCUUGGUUUUUACUUUUGUGACUGGGAUGAUUAUUGGAGAAAAUAUUGGAGGAAAAAGAGCUGUGCUUGGAAUGUUUCUCACUACACUUGGGAUCACACUCUGUGUUGCAAGUUCUGUAAACAAUUAAAGUUAUUUCCAACUGAAGCCACUACAAACAAGGACCUGAAUAAGAUGAAAAUCAGACUGGAGAGUCUUUCUGCAUAGAGGGCAGGCCAAACAUUUUUGGAGACAGGUGCAGAUUAUACCCAGAAUAAGAUGGUCUGCAUUAAAUUUGCUUCAGUGGAAAGAAACAAUGGAACCAGGUUCUACCUAGGAAGAUUUUCAUAGAAUAAUAAAUGUAUAUGCUUAAAUUUGUAAGUUGUGUAUUACAGAAUAUUUUGCACUUUCUAUAGCGGCAUUAGUAACAAGAGACUUUGUAAAGUUUUGUUAGAUUUAUUGUAGAUAAAUGCAUUGUUACUUAUUUGAGGUAUCAUAUGUCGCACUUGUCUUGGCAGCCUGUGAUGGCCAGUUUUGGAAGCUUGGGUGCUGGGUUUUUAGAUAGACCAACAAUGCAGCACAAAACACCUGAAACUGCCCUGUGCAUCAUUGCCCUAAUACUGAAAGUGAUACCAGUGAUGACGGUUACCUUUACUGUAAAAAAAAAAAAAAAAAAA